UGAAGACAGAAGGGGUGUCCCCAGCAUCUGAGGGUCUCCUCCACAAUGCCACCCCACAGAGGGGUGUUUGUGGGUCUCUGGCUGCUGCUGGCCCCCAGUCUCGCCGAGCCCCCCCCCAGCACAGGAGGGGCCACCCUAGCCUUUGUCUUCGACAUCACUGGCUCCAUGUAUGACGACCUGGUGCAGGUGAUGGACGGGGCCUCACGCAUCCUGGAGCGGACGCUCAGCAGGAGCAUGAAGCCCAUCAGCAACUACGCGCUGGUCCCCUUCCACGACCCAGAGGUGGGACCCGCCACCCUCACUGCGGACCCCCGGCUCUUCCAGCGGCGCCUGCAGGAGCUCCGUGUCCAGGGCGGAGGGGACUGCCCGGAGAUGAGCGUGGGAGCCAUCAGGCUGGCUGUGGAGGUCUCGCACCCUGGCUCCUUCGUCUACGUCUUCUCGGAUGCUCGGGCCAAGGACUACGAGGAGCAGGAGGAGCUGCUGCGGCUGUUGCAGCAGAAGCAGACCCAGGUGGUGUUCGUGCUGACGGGGGACUGCGGGGACAGGAGCCACCCCGGGUACCGUGUGUACGAGCGCAUUGCGGCCACCAGCUCUGGGCAGAUCUUCCACCUGGACAAGCAGCAGGUGACAGAGGUGCUGAAGUGGGUGGAGGAGGCCAUCCGGGCCUCCAAAGUCCACUUACUGUCCACGGACCACGAGGACGGUGGUGAGCACACGUGGCCCGUCCCGUUUGACCCUAGCCUGAAGGAGGUCACCAUCUCCCUGAGCGGCCCUGCCCCAGGGAUCGAGGUCCGGGAUCCAGCAGGAAAGGUCCUUGAGAAAGGCCAAGGUCUGAAGGAACUGCUCAGCAUCCCCAACUCAGCCGUGGUGGUGGCUGUGGAGCCCCACAAGCCAGGAACGUGGUCGGUCACGACCCAGAGCAGCGGCCGCCACUCGCUGAGGAUCACGGGCAUCAGCAACAUUAAUUUUCAAGCCAGCUUCUCCACUCAGCCAGACUUUGAUGCCAGCCAGCGCGGGGAGCGGCCGGUGCAGGGUCUGCCCAUCUCUGUAGUGGUGAACUGCACCGGUCUGAAGCCGCCUGGGCACUUGCAGGAGAUCGAGCUCUUCAACACCUCCGGCCGUGCCCUCCUCUCGCUGCCCGCACGGCCCCUCUCCAACACGUCCUCGGAGCAGCUCUGGGUGAGCUCACCACUCCACGUCCCCCCGGGCGACUUUCUGCUGAAGGUGAAGGGCAAAGAUGCCCAGGGCCACCCCCUGCACCGCCUCUCUGGGGUCACCUACACCAGCAUAGUCCCCGGUCUACCCAAAAUGAACAUCUCCAGCAAGAUCCAGGCUUACAACCGUGAGCCGCAGCUGAUCUCCUGCUCCGCACAGAGCGAGGUCCCUUUCCGCCUGCAGCUCAGCCGGGGUAGGAUGAAGCUUGGGGAAGAGCAGCUCUUUAGGCACUGGGGGAACAUCAGCUGGUUGAUCCCUGCGGUGUCCAAGAAUGAUGAGGGGUUUUAUGAGUGCACAGCCACGAGCAAGGUUGGGGCGACACGGGCUCGCACCUACGUCUCUGUCUCAGAGCCACCGCCACGUCUCAUAGCCCCAGGCAACAUCACGGCUUCACCGGGCCAAGACGUGGUCAUGUCCUGCCCGGUUCUGAGCGAUGUGCCCUACAACCUGACGUGGAGCUGGGAUGGGAAGGUGGCAUGGCCAGCAGACAGCCGGACCAGGCUGCUGCAGAACCACUCGCUGGAGAUCAGCCACGUGCAGCCGGGGGACGAGGGCCUCUACGAGUGUGUGGCACGCAGCGCCCACGGCACCGCCGCUGCCUCCCUGUGGCUCUUUAUCCAGGAGGCGCCGUGGGUGAAGGUCGACACCAGCCCCCAGCGUUUUGGCAGGGGCCAGGAGCUGCGGCUGAACUGCACGGUCGGGGGCCACCCCCUGCCCCACGUUACCUGGAAGCGCUGGGGCUGGGCGCUGGAGCAGGACAAGAGGGUUUUCACGGAUGCUCAGGGCACCCUGCACAUCAGGGCUGCCGCCCCAGAGGAUGCGGGGAAUUACAGCUGCUACGCCAGCAGUGUGCUGGGCUGGGACGAGCAAGCCGUCACCCUGGAGUUCACUGAGCCUCCCGCCAUCCUGGCAGUGACGCCCAGCCUGAAGGCGCUGGUGGGAGAAGACGUGACCCUGGAGUGCUGGGUUUCAGGGGUGCCCCCACCCCGCAUUGUGUGGUACAAAGGCGAGCAGGUGGUGGCGGCGUUCCCACCCGGCACCCAGCGUGCCAUCCUGCGGCUGCAGGCAGUGCGGGAGGAGGAUGCGGGGCGGUAUGUCUGCGAGGCUCUCAGCAAUGCCGACGUCACCUUUGAUGGCACCGUACUGGAUGUGGGGUCUGCCCCUCACUUUCCUGAGCCCCUGGGGGAUGUGGCGGUCGAGGUCGGGGAGAGCGUCAGCCUGCUGUGCCGUGCCGAGGGCUCUCCCCCACCACGGGUCACCUGGUCCCGGCAGGACGGGAAGCCCGUGACGGGUUGGCAUGGGCCGCAUGGUGUUUCCAGCCAGCUGGAGGCUGCCGAGCUCCUCAUCAACAGUGCCUCGGAGGAUGACCAAGCCAUCUACAUCUGUGAAGCUCAGAACGAGUUUGGGAAAAUCCGAGCGGAGGUCAAGCUUGCAGUCACUGGACACGCCCCAGAAAUAGCUCUUGCAUCCCCUGUGGUCCACGCGCUCCCAGGUCAGCCCGUGUCGCUGCCCUGUGUGAUCCUGGCCGGGAGGCCGUUCCCAGCCCGUCGCUGGCUGAAGGACGGGCAGCUGGUAGCCCCAAGUGGCCGCUACUCUGUCCGGGCAGACGGGAGCCUGCACGUGGACCAGGCGUUGCAGGGGGAUGCAGGGAGGUACACCUGUGAGGUGACCAAUGCCUUCGGCUCGCACAGGCAGGACACGUCCCUGGUCAUCCACGUUCCUCCCAGCAUUGAGCUUGGCCCUGUCCUUGUCACUGCCACCGAGGGAGCAGCGGUUGCCCUGCGGUGCAAUGCCACCGGUGUGCCCCCCCCUACUGUUACCUGGACAAAGGGCACAGAGCCCGUCUCACCGAGCUCACGCUACCACCUCAAUCCCAACGGGACCCUCCUGAUCCCUUCACCUUCCCCUGGGGAUGCUGGGACCUACUUCUGCACAGCUACCAACACGGCAGGCUUCUCCAUCCGGGAGAUGCAGCUCUCCAUCAGCACAAAGCCCAGGAUCAGCGUGAACGGAUCGCAGGCAUUGGACCCUGUAACUGUCCUGGCCAUGCUUGGGCAGGAGACCACCCUGCCCUGCGAGGUUCAGGGCUAUCCCCCUCCCUUGGUGGUGUGGACCCAGGAGUCCCGGCCGCUGCCUCUUUCCACUGCAAGGUACAGCGUCCUCCCUUCCGGGUCCCUCCGGCUGGCCAAGCCCCAGGUGAUGGACACUGGUCUCUACACCUGCACGGCCAUGAACACCGCAGGGAACGCCUCGCUCAGCUACAGCCUGCAUGUCCAAGCUCCCCCCCAGCUGCUGAUCGGCGAUGGGGAAAGCCAUCUGACGGCCGUCACCAAUAACUCCCUGAGGAUUCACUGUCGUGCCACGGGCAUGCCCACACCCCGGAUCCAGUGGCUGAAGGAUGGGCACCCGCUGAGUGAACAGGACGGUGUGGUGGUGUCCGAGGAUGGUGGGACCCUGCUGAUCAUCCGUGUGGGACUCGGCCAUGAAGGGCUCUAUGUCUGCCAGGGCAGCAACUGGGCAGGGGUGGCCCAGGCGGAGGUGCAGGUUUCAGUGCAAAUGCCUCCAAACAUCGAACCCAGCGUGGUGGACCUGGCCGUCCUGGAGAACAGCACAGUGUCCCUGGAGUGCCUGGCCUCAGGACUGCCUGCUCCUGACAUCACCUGGUACAAGGGGCAUGAGCAGCUCUUGGCCGGGCUGGGUCGGACCCUGUCCAGGGAUGGGAAGCACCUGGAGAUCCAGCAUGCCCAGCUCUCCGACGCCGGCAGCUACCACUGUGUGGCCUCCAAUGUGGCCGGUGUCACCGAGCGCUGGUACAGCCUGCAGGUGAAUGUGCCCCCGUCCUUCUCCUCGGCAGAGCCCGCUGCCGUGUCUGUGCUGGAGGGGCAGUCCGUCAGGAUGGCCUGCGAGUGCCGUGGGAUCCCAUUCCCCACCCUGAGCUGGCGGAAGGAUGGCAAGCCACUCUCUGCCCAGCCCGGGAGCCCAAAGCUGGUGUCCACAGGAGGGAGCAUGCUGUACAUUGAGAAGGUACGGCUGGUGGACAAGGGGACGUACACAUGCGAGUGCAGGAAUGCUGCCGGCAGCAGCAGCAAGGAGCAUCACCUGGAGGUGCAUGUGCUGCCGAGGAUCCAGGGCAGCAGCAAAGCCCCAAGGAAGGUUUCUGUCAUCAAGGCUGGCGAGACGGUUUUGGAGUGCGAGGCCGUGGGGACGCCACUGCCCAUGGUGACGUGGGUGAAGGACUGGCAGCCUGUGACCAGUGGGGAUGGGCUCCUGCUUACGGAGCAGGGGAGGCGGCUGCACAUCCCCAAGGCGGAGGUGGCCCAUGCAGGACGCUACGCUUGCCUGGUGUCAAAUGCGGCAGGGCAGGAGCGGAGAGAGUUUGACGUUACAGUGCAUGUUCCUCCUGAGUUCAUUCAAGGAUCGGGAUCGACAACCAACAUCAGCGUGUCUCUGCAUGGAGCCCUGACGCUGACCUGCGAGGCCACCGGUGUUCCCCUACCCACAGUCACCUGGUACUGGAAUGGAUCUCCCAUCACCCCCAGUGAGAACACACUCGUGCUUUCAGGGGGCUGGGUGCUGAGGGUCAACCGUGCACGAGCCCAGGAUGGUGGCCGCUAUUCCUGCCUGGCCAGCAACAUAGCUGGGGAGGCCAGGAGGCAUUUCCACGUGGAGGUCCUAGUUCCUCCCCACAUUGAGAAUGCAGAUGAAGAAGAGACCAUCAAAGUGCCUGAGGGUCACCCUGUCACCUGGUCCUGCCUGGCUGCGGGCAACCCCCAGCCUAAGAUCACCUGGCUGAAAGAUGGCCACCCUCUGCCUAUCAAAGACACCGUCUCCAUCUCCCCUGAUGGCUCCGUGCUCCACAUCCCCCAAGCCUCCCUGUCUGACGCUGGCCGCUACUCCUGCGUGGCCUUCAACUCUGUGGCGAAUCAAACCAAGCACUACCUGCUAGAUGUUUCAGCCGGUCCUACCUUUGCUGGAGAUGCCCAUGAUACUGCCACAGAAGAAGUCACAGUGAUCAUCAACAAUCCCAUCUCCCUGGUCUGCGAGGCUCUGGCCUACUCGUCUCCCAACAUCACCUGGCUCAAGGACGAGGUUCCUCUCAAAGCAUCUAGAAACAUCUACCUGCUCCCUGGUGGCCAUGGGCUGCAGAUCCUGAAUGCCCAGGAAGAGGAUGCAGGCACGUACAGCUGCAUCGUGGACAACGAAGCUGGGGAGGCUGUGAAGAACUAUGCUGUGAAGGUCCUGGUUCCUCCUUGGAUUGCCAGAGAUGACCCUUUGGGGGAAUUUGCCAUGAAAGAGGUGAAAACCAGGGUCAACAGCACGGUGACACUGGAGUGCGAGACCUGGGCUGUGCCCCAACCAACCAUCCAGUGGUACAAGGACAAGCAGCUCCUGGAAGGCGCUGGCCACCUCCAGAUCCUCAGCGAGGGGCAGAUCCUUCAGAUCAAACCAGCCAGUGUCUCUGAUUCGGGGCACUACACCUGUGUGGCCACCAAUGCCGUGGGUGAAGACAACAGGGACUUCAUUGUGCAUGUCCAAGUGCCACCCCUCUUCCAGCAGCAGACAAGCCCCAGUGAAGCCCUCGCAACCUUCUACCGGGAGGAAGACCAGGAUGGGGAGGUGACGGAGCACCGACAGGCUGUCCUCAACCAGCCCACCGCGCUCUACUGCGACACCAACGCAAUCCCACCUCCCCGGCUCACCUGGUACAAGGACGGGGAGCGUCUCUCCCCUGGUCCGGGGGUGCUGAUGCUGCUAGAGGGCCGGGUGCUGCAGCUGCCCGCGGUGCGGGAGGAAGACGCGGGCAGGUACACCUGUGAGGCGGCCAACGCGGCGGGACAGGACCGCCUGCACUAUGAGCUGGAGGUGCUGACCGCCCCGGCCAUCCACGGUGGCGCGGAGGACCUGGCUGAGGAGGUGAUGGCCACCGUCAACGGCACCGUCCGCUUCAAGUGUGAAGCCACCGGGCACCCAGUGCCCACGGUGUCCUGGCUCUGGAAUGACGUCCCCAUUGUUGCCAGCCCACGGCACCAGCUCCUGGAGGGCGGCACGGUCCUGCAGGUGGCCGCGGUGGAGGCAGGUGACACCGGCAGCUACACGUGUGUGGCUGAGAACCCGGCCGGGUCAGCCGAGAAGCACUUUGCCCUCACUGUGCAUGAAGCAACCCGGAUCAUGGGUGCAAACCCCGAAAGCAUUGAUGGCAUCGUCAACGGCAACAUCUCGCUGGCAUGUGAUGUCCGAUCCCACCCCACUGCAGAUAUUACCUGGUACAAGGAUGGCCGUGUCCUGCGGCUUGGUGAGGAGGGGACGGUCACCCCAGGCUCACGGGUGCUGCAGCUCCCUCACCUGCAGCUUUCCAGCUCGGGCACAUACACGUGCGUGGCGCUGAAUGCGGCCAGCCGGGAUGAGAAGCGCUUCAUCCUCACUGUCCACGAGCCCCCGGGCACCCAGGACCCGCAGCAGGAGAUGCUGGAUGCUGACGUGGGGAGCCCUCUUGUCCUGACCUGCCAAGUCGGCGGUGUGCCUGCGCCCGUCGUCACCUGGCUGAAGGACGGCAGCCUGCUGGAGAGCAGCCUGGAGCAGGGCCUGGUGUCUGCGGGGGGGCAGCUCCAGCUCAGCCCCCUGCAGCCCUUCCAUCAGGGCCGAUACACUUGCCUGGCGCAGGGCCCGGGCGCCGAGACACGCAAGGACUUCGUGGUGCUGGUGCGAGUGGCACCCCGGAUCGCCAGCGUGGGGGUCCCCAGCGAGUACAGUGUGCUGGAGGGCAAAGGGGUGAGGCUGGAGUGCCGUGCAGAGGGGCAGCCCACCCCUGAGAUCUCCUGGCUGAAGGAUGGGCAGCCCCUGGGGCUGCAGCCCCCUUCGCGCACCCGGAUGUCCCCAGACGGCAGCUCCCUGCUCCUUGAGGGGCUCCAAGCUGCCGACUCGGGGGUGUACAGCUGCCUGGCCCAAAACAGCGCAGGCGAAGAUGUGCGGCUGCACACGCUGAGCGUGCUGGCCCCUCUGUCCCCUUGCCCAGUCCCCCCUGCCAUCGAGAGAGGUGCUGACGACUUGGAGGUGGUCCGUGGUGUCCUGUCCGCAGCGGUAACGCUGGAGUGCUGGGCGCGGGGGUCCCCUCCACUGCACGUGAGCUGGCUGAAGGAUGGGCUGCCCCUGCGCCUGUCCCCCCGCGUCACCCUUUUCUCAGCUGGGCAUGUCCUCCGGAUCUCCCAGGCACAGCUCUCCGAUGCCGGGCUCUACACCUGCGUCGUCUCCAGCCAGGCAGGGGUGGUCGAUCGCAGCUUCAUUCUGCAGAUACGGGUGCCCCCCGUCCUGGAGAGCUCGGAGAGCAGUGAGGAGCAGAUGGUGGCUGAGGGCUCCAGCAUCACCUUCACCUGUGAAGCCGCUGGGUCCCCAGCACCGGCGGUGACCUGGCUGAAGGACGGCGAGCCUCUGGCACAGCAGAGCAACCGGGUGCCUGGCAGCCCACGGCUGACCCUGGAAGCUGUGGGGCCGACUGACACGGGGGUGUACUCCUGCCUGGUGGCCAACGAGGUGGGGGAGACCAGCAAAGCCUUCCACAUCCUGGUGAUGGAGCCACCCCGCGUCGAGGCUGCACCCCAGCCCACUGAGAUGUCCAUCGCCAUGGGCACCCCACUAGAGCUGACGUGUGUGGUGACGGGUGUCCCCGUGCCCACUGUCACCUGGGAGAAGGACGGACGGCUGCUGGCAGGGCCCUGGCUCACGUCAGGGAAUGAGAGCACCCUCCACAUUGAAAGCACAAAGAUGGCUGACGCUGGCUUGUACGCCUGCCUGGCCACUAGCCCUGCCGGGGAGGAUAGCAGGAGUUUCCACAUCAGCAUCCAAGCACCUCCCAGCAUCACGAGCAUUGCAGAGACCCCCAGCAUCACCGCUGUGGUGGGGGGGGAGCUCAUCCUGGAGUGCCCUGGGGAUGCUGUGCAACCCCCCCACAUUGAGUGGUACCGGGAGGGCUCCCCACUGCAGGAGGAUGCCCGCAGGCAGGUCCUGGCCGAUGGGCGCUUCCUGAAAAUCCAGGCCGUGGGGGCGGCGGACGGCGGGGAGUACAGCUGCAGGGCCACCAAUGUGCUGGGGGACACCAGCCCGCGCGUCCAGGUGGAGGUUCUCGUGGCCCCAGAGAUCCAGCCGGGCCCCGAGGAGGCGAGGGUGCUGCUGAACAGCUCAGCAGUGCUGCCGUGCCAGGCGGAGGGGUGGCCCGUGCCCCGGGUGACGUGGCAGAAGGACAGCCGUCUCCUGCAUCUCCGUGGGAGCAACAGGCUGCAGCUCCUGCCAGGUGGCUCCCUGCAAAUCAACCCUGUUCAGGUCCAGGAUUCGGGCUAUUACCUCUGCAUGGCAUCCAGCCCUGCCGGCUCCGACCGGCGAGGCCUGGACCUCCACGUCCUGGUCCCUCCCGCCAUCACCCCCGGGCCCUCCAACCUCACCCUGCUGGCUCAGCAGCCAGCCACGCUGGGCUGCGAUGCCUGGGGAUCCCCUGAGCCCCACGUCAGGUGGGAGAAGGAUGGCCACCCCCUGAACCCACACCUCCUGCCCAGGACCUACAGCUUGCAGUCCUCGGGGUCGCUGCUCAUCGCCAGCCCCAGUCCCCGGGAUGAGGGGCGGUUCGAGUGCGUCGCCACCAAUGCCGCUGGAGAGGCACGCAAGGUCUUCCUCGUGUCCAUCCACGUGCCCCCUACUAUUGCUGAUGACCUUACGGAUGUGGUUGUCAACCGGUUGUCCCCCGCGGUCCUCACCUGCUACGCCUCUGGCGUGCCCCCACCCAUGGUAUUGUGGAGCAAGGAGGGGGCUCAGCUGGGCAGCCGAGGAGGGGGCUACCGCGUCCUGCCCACAGGGGCCCUGGAGAUCAGGCAGGUGCUGCCUGCACAUGCCGGCCACUACACCUGCACAGCGAGGAGUGCUGCUGGCACAGCCCAAAAACACCUCCGGCUUGCGGUGCACGAGCCCCCUGCCUUGAAGCCCCUGCCUGGCAUGGUGAUGGUGAUGGUCAACACCAGCACGGUGCUGUCCUGUGAGGCAACCGGGGUCCCCCGGCCAGAGCUCACCUGGCAGAAGGACGGUGUCGGCAUCACCAGAGGGCCCAGGCUGAAGGUGCUCCCCAACGGGCAGCUGCAUCUGCUCCGGGCCUCCCCGGGGGACGCGGGCACCUACCUGUGCGUGGCUCGCAACCCCUCGGGCACUGCUGCGGGGAGGACCAGGCUGAUCGUGCAAGUGCCCCCCAUCAUCGCAGCCGGCCCAGCGGAGCUGGCUGUCCUGGAGGGGCUGGAGGUGCUGCUGCCCUGCGCUGCCCACAGCAUCCCUGAGCCUCGUGUGUCCUGGAGCCGGGAGGGAGCUCCGGUACGGGGUGGUGGGGAGAAGGCCACCAUCCUGCCCUCGGGGGGGCUGCUGCUCCGGGAUGUCCAGGAAGGGGACGCCGGGACCUAUUCCUGCACCGCGGUGAACUCAGCUGGGAGGGCUGUCCGCCAGCUCUCCCUCUCUGUCCACACUCUGCCCACCUUCACCCGCCUGCCUGGAGACGUCACCCUGAGCCGGGGCGAGAGGCUGGAGCUGGUGUGUGCCGCCACGGGCAGCCCCCAGCCCCGCGUCUCCUGGACGGCCAACGGGCAGCUCGUCACCGACGGCGUGUCGGGGCAGAGCGGCCAGAGCACCCUGCGGCGGGAGGCAGCCACCCACGCUGACAGCGGGACUUACAUCUGCCAUGCUGAGAACAGCGCUGGUGCCAUCAGGACCACUGCCUUUGUCUCAGUCAGAGAGGCACCCACCAUACAGGGGGACCCCAGCACCUACCAGGUGGAGCCCUCUGGGGGUGAUGCCAUCCUCGACUGCAAUGCCCGGGGCCACCCCGCACCCCUUGUCCGCUGGAGCAAGGAUGGGGUGCUGGUGGCAGCCAGUGGGCACCUGCGCCAGCUGCAGAACGGCUCCCUGGCCAUCCACGCCGUGGGGCGUGCUGACGCAGGGCACUACCGGUGCGUGGCAGAGAAUGACGCAGGCACAGCGGCAAAGGUUGUCACCCUGGCCCUGCAGAGUGCCCCCACGGUGGCGGUGACACCACGAGCAGCGGUGGCGCACACUGGGCAGUGGGUGCUGCUGCACUGCGCCGUGUUGGGGGAGCCCACCCCCUCCGUGGAGUGGCAGCGGGAUGGGGAGCAGCUGCCUGAGGGUCCCCGUGCCCGUGUCCUGCCUAACGCAACGCUGCUCCUGCCUGCUGUCAGCCGCUAUGACUCUGGCAGCUACUCCUGCCUCGCUCGCAACGCCCUGGGGGCCGCUGUUGCCCAUGCCUCCCUGGCCGUCCAAGGGGAGCCGCGCCGGGUGCGGGGCAGCCUGGUUGGCGUCAUCAACACCCAUGAGCUCGGCGUCGCUACCCUUGAUGCCAACGUGCUGGAAGACCCACGCUCCGGUACUGCCACCAUCCGGAGCAGCACCAGCAGCAUCCCACCCGCUGUCGGGCCGCUGAUGCGGGUGCUGGUUGCCAUCAUCGCCCCCGUGUACUGGUCCUUGGCGCACGCCACGGGGGAGGCCUGGAGCGGGUUCCUGCUCACCUGGGGCACCUUCCAGCACGAGUCGCAGCUGGAAUUUGCUACAGGGGAGCUGCUGCAGGUCACUCACCGUGCCCAGGGUGUGGAUGCUGCGGGCGCUCUGCUGCUGGACAGUGUGAUCAGCGGCUCCGUGCCGGAGAGCAUCGGCGAGGCCGUGGUGUUGCUGCAGGACUUCAACGAGCGCUAUGUGCAGACGGGCACGGGGCAGCUUUCGGGGGACUCGGUGCAGAGCUUCCUGCUGGACAGGCGUAUUGCUCGUGCCCGCUGCAAUCACACCAUCGUGUACGACCCCCCCGUGGGCCCACAGCCCCCCUGGGUGCAGCACGUCCGGGCCAGAGCUGUCCAAGCCUCCUACGACCCAACCUCGGAGGAGCUCCGCUUCCAGCUCCGCGCCUCACUUGAUGCAGGGGCUGACAGAGAACGGUGCCCACCGGGAUUCACCCCGGGCCCUCAGCGGCUGUACUGCACUGAUGUUGACGAAUGCGCCGAGGGGUCCCAUGCCUGCCGCUACAACCAGCUCUGCCAGAACACCGCAGGGACGUAUCGCUGUGCCUGCCCUCCCGGCUACCGUUCGCUGGGUGCCGGCUGGCCGUGCUUGGACGUAAACGAGUGCCUGCAGUUUCCUCCACCGUGUGCCUUCAAGUGCCGCAACCUGCGGGGCUCCUAUGCGUGCCUGUGCCCCCCCGGCAGGACCCUGCUGCCGGGCGGAGAGUGUGGCACAGCAGAGGUGGAUGGAGGGGGCACAAGGAGCAGCACCCCCCGGGAUCCCCCCCUGCGCUGGCUGGGGCCAAGUAGUCGCCCACAGGGAAGGUCCUUCUACACCCAGCUCUCCCUCCGCCGCGUGGCGAAGGCUGCAGGGCUGGGUGCCCGGGGCUCUCCCUGCCCCACCGGCUUCAUCAAGAGGAACGGCACCUGCGCCGACCUUGACGAGUGCCAGAUGCUGAACCAGUGCCAGCACGAGUGCAGGAACAGCCCGGGCAGCUACCGCUGCGUCUGUCCCCCCGGCUACCGGCUGCUGCCCAACGGGAAGACGUGCCACGAUGUGGAUGAGUGUGCUGAGGGCACGAUCCAGUGUGGCUCCAGCCAGAUGUGCUUCAACACCCGCGGAGGUGCCCAGUGCGUGGAUGCGCCGUGCCCAGCCGGGUACCGGAGAGGCUCCAGCCCUGGGCUGUGUGUCGGUCGCUGCACCCCGGACUGUGGCUCAGCUGGCCCCCCCACGCUGCAGUACCAGCUGCUCACCCUGCCCCUCAGCAUCGCCGCCGGCCGUGAUGUGGUGCACCUCACCCCAGGUGCUGCCCUCCACUACCACCCCAUCUUCACGCUGCUGGAGCGGGAGCCUGGCAGCCCCUUCACCCUCCGCACCGAGCAGGGCCAUGGCAUCAUCUCCACCCUGCGCCCGCUGCGGGACCCCGGCACCCACCGCCUCAAGGUGCAGGCGCUGGCCCCGGGUGGGCAGCGGGCACCCAGCACCUUCCUCUUCCUCAUCUCUGUCUCUCCCUACCACUACUGACACAGUCGAGGGACAGGAGGGGACGCGGGGUCACUUCUCCUGUCCCUCACCAAUGCGCCGGUGCAGGCACGUGGCUCAGGGAGAGCUGAGCUUGCACCUUUCCUCUCCCCACCCACCCUCUUGCUGUCCCCUGCCUGCGUUGCCUUCACCCGGGGCCAGUCCCUGACUCAGCAGGGCCCUGGGGGUGACAAGAUGUCCCGCCAGCCUCUUGCAAUCAGGUUUUGUUGCAAACCCGCAACUUGCGCUUGUGAGCAGCCCCAGAGCAAACACUGCUCUGGGUGGCCUUGGCCACGAUCAGCCCCCAGAUAAUGAGGGGGGGAUGAGCUGGGUGACAGCAGCCAGUGAGGGCCCUGCUGGGGUGCAGAGUGGGGUGCCCUGGGCUGGGGAGGGUGCAGAGCACCCUGGCAUUAACAUGUAUUAAAUCGAAAUAGCCAUGUGUUCAAUUUUUUUUUUUUUAAUCCACUUGGUUUCUGUGCACACUUUUUUAUUUAUGGUUUUGUUCCAAAUA